AUGGCUCAUGUCAACGGAAACCACGGAGGAAAUCCCCACAACCCCCUUAACCAAAGUGCGAACAUCGCUGCGUCCCAGAGCACCUCAGUAUGGGUGACCAAUCUCCCAGGAGAUUGUACCGUCCAGCAGUUGCUCGCCCCUAUAAGACGAGUUGGCAAGAUAUUCUUUGUCCACAUCAACCCCCCUACCAAGGAGAUCCCCACCUCGGCGGCCAAGAUCAUCUUUUGGGAUCGCCGGGCAACCGAUAAUUUCCUUGAUCUUAUCAGGCAAGAUAAGAUCGAGUUUGGAGGGCUUAAACCUUCAGUAAAAAUGCACCGCAUCCGAGUAGCACCACAACCAGAGUCGGCCUGCAGCCGCGUCCUCAUCAUCUGGGGCCCGCCUCAGGUCGUCGACAUGGAGGUCUUGGAGCCCCUCUUCCGCUCCGAGAUCGAUUUCCAGAUCGACGACAUUGAGCAGUGGAUGUGGCGCGGCGAGCGGAGGCUCGAGAUCCGCUUCGGCUCGUAUAGAGCCCAGGCUGCCCGGGCAGAGCGGAUGCUACGGGCAUUACAGAGGGGGGAGACGACUAGGUACGCCACCGCGAACUUGACGCCAGAGCAGCGCAUCUUUCUGGGCCUUAUCAGGAUACUAUGGGGCGGUGAUCCUUGUGAGCUGUGGUAG